CCCCUACGUAGCGACGUCGACGUCGUCCCUCUCUCGUGUUCCGAGGGGCAGCGGCAGCCGCGGCGGCUUGAAGGCCUCUGAGCUGCAGCGGGCUCGGCCGGCUCUGCAAGUAACAGAUGCGGGUGAAAGAUCCAUCUAGGACUGUUUCCGAAAAAACCAAAAGAAACAGAAGGCCAAAUACUCCUCCGGAUGAAGACUCUUCAGAUGAUAUUGCUGCAGGUUUAACUUGUCAGCAUGUAAGUCAAGCUGUUAGUGUCCACCAUGUGAAGAGAGCAGUAGCUCAGAAUUUGUGGUCAGUUUGCUCAGAAUGUUUAAAGGAAAGAAGGCUUUGUGAUGGAGAGUCAAUAAAAGCUGAUGUUUGGUUGUGCCUCAAGUGUGGUUUUCAGGGAUGUAGUCAAAACUCAGAAGACCAGCAUUCUUUGAAACACUUCCAGACUUCCCACACUGAACCCCAUUGCAUUAUCAUCAGUCUUAGCACAUGGAUUAUUUGGUGUUAUGAAUGUGAUGAAGAAUUAUCAACACAUCGUAAUAAAAAGGUUUUGGCUCAAAUAGUUGAUUUUCUACAGAAGCAUGUUUCUAAAACAGAAGCAAGUUCAUUUUCCAAAGUAAUAAGGCUUUGUGAAGAAAAAUGUGAAGCAGGUGAAAUAUGGAAAGGAAAAUGCCAAAUCAGCAGUUUACCAGCUUCUGUGAAAGGAAUUAAUAACUUGGGGAACACUUGCUUUUUUAAUGCUGUCAUGCAGAACUUGGCACAGACUCACAUGCUCAAUGAACUGAUGUAUGAGGUCAAGGAAAAGGGGACAAAGUUAAAAAUUUUUCAUACUUCAGACCCUCAGUUGGAUCCACUAGUGGUGAACCUGUCAAGUCCUGGAACUCUGACUUCAGCUAUGUUUCUGUUCCUUCACAGCAUGAAGGAGCCUGGAAAAGGACCACUUUCUCCUAAAGUUCUCUUUAACCAGCUUUGUCAGAAGGCUCCACGAUUUAAAGGUUUCCAACAGCAGGACAGUCAAGAACUUCUCCAUUAUUUACUGGAUGCAAUGAGGAUAGAAGAAACAAAGAGAAUACAAACUGGCAUUCUAAAAGCAUUUAAUAAUCCAACUACUAAAACUGCAGAUGAGGAAACUAGAAAAAAAAUCAAAGCAUAUGGAAGAGAGGGAGUGAAGAUGAACUUCAUAGAUAGGAUCUUUGUUGGUGAAUUGACUAGCACAGUCAUGUGUGAGGAAUGCGAAAAUAUAUCAGCCAUGAAAGAACCUUUCAUCGAUCUUUCACUUCCUAUAAUAGAAGAACGGGUGUCAAAACCUGUUCCAUUGGGAAAAAUGAAUAAAUGCAAGAGUUUACAAGAGGCAGCCUUAGAUCAGUACAACUGUACUACUACUACCACUACUACUACUACUACAAUGAAUAAUCAUCUAAAAAGUACUAGGAAACACUCCUUAACUAAAGACAAGAAUCAGCUAAAUUAUGAAAGAAGACUUGUAAGAAAAUCAUCAUCUGGGGAAGAAGAGAAAAAUCCUGUUAUCAUGCAUCAGAAAAAUGGAAACCUUGAAAUAAAUGGGGAGUCUUCAAAUUUGUCCAUAGGAGACACAAGUAGGGUGUCUGAGACUACAGCAAAUGCAAGUCAGACUGAUGGAAGUGAGAAAGAGCUCAGCCAUUCUGAAAGCAGUGGUGAUGCUGACAGUGAGGCUUCAGAAUGUGAAAGUGCUUCAAAGCAAACUAUUUCUGUUAGACCCAAUAGUUUACCUUUUUUUCAUGAAGGUGUUCCCACCCAUUCAUCAAUAGUCCCUGAACUUCCAUUUACAAUUGCCAAUGAGAGUGGUAAAGAAAUGAUUACUGAAGCCAUUACCAAACUCAACUUAAGUGACACUGUAACUAGAGGUGCAGAGCUUAACAAUGAACAUCAGCUGUUAAAUUUUUCAAGCAAUUCAUUAUGUUCAGUGGAGAAGUACACAUUAUCCCAUAACCCCCAGAAUGCUUUCCAAACUCUUUCUCAGAGUUAUACAACUUCUUCCAAAGAAUGUUCAAUUCAGUCCUGUCUCUACCAGUUUACAUCUGUGGAAUUACUAAUGGGAAAUAACAAGCUUUUAUGUGAGAAUUGUACCGAAAAGAAACAGAUGUACCAAAAGAAAAUCAACCCUAAAGAAAAGAAGCCAGAAGGUGUGUAUACCAAUGCAAGGAAACAGUUGCUAAUUUCUGCUGUUCCAGCCAUUCUUAUUCUCCAUCUUAAAAGAUUUCAUCAGGCUGGUUUGAGUCUACGAAAAGUAAACAGACAUGUGGAUUUCCCACUUGUGCUAGAUUUAGCACCCUUUUGUUCUGUUACCUGCAAGAAUGUAACCAGUGGAGAAAGAGUUCUCUAUGGUCUUUAUGGAAUAGUGGAACAUAGUGGCUCAAUGAGAGGAGGCCAUUAUACAGCUUAUGUGAAAGUCAGAACAACUUCCAAGAAACCAUUGGACCAUGUUGUUGGAAAUAAAAAUAUCCACGGUUUAAAAGAAACAACAGGAGCAUCAGCAGGACAGUGGGUGCAUGUUAGUGAUACUCAUGUGCAACUGGUUCCAGAAUCCAGAGCCCUUAAUGCCCAGGCUUACCUUCUUUUUUAUGAAAGGAUAUUAUAGUGAUCAUUGUUCAUAAUUGUUCAAAAGUUAAUGAUUAUUUAGACCACCUUUAUUUAAAUGUUUCAGGGGCAAACUGAAUAUGUAGUGUGGCUUUAUUAUAUUUUUCUUUCAUAUAAUUUAUUGCAUCCCUCAGAUAGUCCUGAACUUUAAAAAAAGUUUUUCAGUUAUUCUCUUUUAAAACAACAUUUAUUUCCUCAAAACUUUUAAUGUUACAUCUCCUUAAGUCAAAUGCAUAAUACCUGCUUUUUCUAAGGUUACAUAUUUUUUUUAAAAAACAUAUCAAUUAUACUUGGAACCUGCAGCCCUUGAGUUCUGGGUGGUAUUAGAAUUUGUUUCAUUAUUAUAUAGAUUUAGAUUUUUGCAAGUUACUAUCCCCUAAAACAUAACUACUAACAGUAAAACCUAACAUAAUGCAAUAUAACAUGAAGUUAGAUGCAUUCCUUUUUGCCCAGUCUUGUAUAUGCUUUCAACUUUCUUUUCGUAGUAGUAGGUUUACUAACAAGUAAUUGAUGGUAAAGUACCGGCCCUGGAUUCAGGAGUACCUGGGUUCAAAUCCGGCUUCAGACACUUGACACUUACUAGCUGUGUGACCCUGGGCAAGUCACUUAACCCUCAUUGCCCUGCAAAAAACAAAAAACAAAAAAAACCCAAGUAAUUGACUUACUGCUUUCAUGUAUUUUGGGAACUGAAAGCAUAAAAAAAAUGUCCACGUUUAUGUUCACAGCCACCAUGUAAUAGAGUUUGAAGAAUAUCCUACACAUGGAUCACCAAGUAAAAUUUUAUAUGUAGGCAACUUAUAAUGGGUUCCCAGAAGAUAGUUGUCAGUUCAUUUAGUACCAUGGGAAAAUUGCUAGAUUACAUUUUAAAGUUAUUAGAAUUGUAUCAUUUAUAACAUUCUCUUACAAGAAAUUAUAAAAUUUUGUAGUGUUAUAUUUUAGUAAUACUGACUUCAGCUUUUGGGAGAGGAGUUAUGAGGUUACAAUUCCUUUCUGUACUCAGCAUAUCAUAUAUGGGUUAAUUUUAAUUUAAUUAAAUGUUAGCUUUUCUGAUUGUUUCUUAUGUACAAGUAUUUUGGGAAUAGUUUUUUCUUUGACCUUGUGACUGCUGUGAAAAUAUUGCUUUUUUAAAAUAAAUAUAAACAAUAGCUUUGUCAGGAAAUGAAAGUAGAAGUAAAACUAAAUCUAUUUAUUCUAUUCUUGACCUGAAAAGUAUUAAAAUUACUUCUCAGGGUUAGGUUUUGGGUUUUUUUUUAGAGUACUCAGGGUAUUUUUUUCCCAACCAUAAGAACUGCAUAUAAUUUUAUUUAUUACAAAUGAGCCUAUAAGUAAGCAUUUAACUAUAAAAGUUUAAUUUCACAGUAUCACUUUAAAAAAUUCAAUGAAUAGAAGGCACCCAAGAAAAUAGUUUGUCACAAAAAAAAAACAUAGCACAUGACAGCUCAGAAUUUUACAUUGGCUAAUAUAAGUAAGCUAAGGUGAUGUUUUCUUCCAAGUUACCACUGUUAUACAUUGCCACUUGAAUGGUAUGUCAUUGACCCCAUUUAUAGCAACAGAGUACCCUAAUCAAAUGCAUAGGAAUUAAUAGCUGUCACUAUCCAGGUAGUCUGAUAAAUGUUUGUCUUCCAGUACAUUCUCUUUAUGAAAAAAAAGGUAGGAAAUGUUGGAGAAUGUAAGUAAAAAAGUUAUGUCUGUGCAUUGAUUGAGCAUUGCUACCUCCUUAGACCAUGACCCUCUGGCACAAAAAUAUUAAGUAGACCUUUCAGUAACUUAUUGACUAAUAAAGCUUGUGAUUAGUUGUUAAGCUUUUGAUAGAAUACAAAAUAGGGGGCUUGAAUAGUACACAUUUAAAAUUUUGUUGUUUUUUCCUUGUACAGCAUUAGCAUUCACAUUUCAAUUGCAUCUUUGUGUUCUGAAUUUUUGGUCAUUUGAGAGCUAGAUAUACACAUGCUAAGAUUGGGGGGGGGGGGAGACUGUGUGCAUAAUCUGGAAAGGCUAAUAAGCUUUUUUUUUUUAAGUAUCAAAAUUAUGAUCUAAUAGGAUAUAUCCUAAUUCAAAGAUAUACUAAGAAAGUAUAGUGGAGUUUUGUUUUGUUUUUAGCUUAGUUACUAGUAAGCUAUCUGUUUCCUAAUCUAGCUAUUUCUUUCUGAUGAUGCUAAGUAUCAGUUAUCUCUGUUUCUAGACCUACCAGGCCAUUACUAGCAAUUGCACAUUUUUCAGAGACAAUAGACUAAAGAAUUUCUGUUGAAAGCUAUUUCCCAUUGUGUUAGGUUGAGUUUUUUAAAAGAAACCAGAGCCAACCUUACUUUAUAUCUGCUCACUUAUACAAAUAAAGCCUAAGGUAGUAAUGGAUUAUCUCAGCAAAGUCAAAAAUAAAGGGAAGUAAAGAAUUCUUCCCAGCCAAAUGAAGCAAAGUAAGUACAGAGAAAAAAAAAUUUCAGCUCUUAGCACUAGUGAUUAAUUCAUCAAACAGCUUCUCAAGCAUUGAUUUGAUUACCGUUACAUAAGUUUUAUAAUCAUAGAAUUUUAGAGCUAAAGGAAGCUUUAGUGGUCUGAUUCAGGAAUUGCCAGGGCCACCAUAGAGCUUUACUUUUAUGCAGCAUUUAGUGUUUUGACUUCUCUCAUUGAUAGUCAAAUGCCUUAACUAUUAGGAACAACAGAUUGCUGACCCAAAACUAUCAGAGCUUUCAUAUUCCAUAACCCUUGUGGGGUGGGGGUGUGGAAGCAUGGUUUCCUGAAAGGGUUAACCCAUUUGGAGCUACUCUCCUUAUUUAGGCUCUUAUUCAGCAUAGGAUUGGGGUGGGCAGAGCUUGCUUUUUGCCUACUACCUGUAAUUCCUCCUGUUCCAUACCUCAUCCCCUCAGAGCCAGGUUCUCUCUGCCUUUGACAGCUACUUUAAGAAAUUUGUACAAAUAUGCUAACAGGAAGUUUUUGAAUACCCCCAAUAGUCAUCUUCCACUUAAAAAAUGUGUAAACUACACAUAAAGUUGGUGUGAAAUCUCUGAAAUCAAUUAUUUUUUAAAAGUCAUUUUCUAAAAAAUAACAGAAAUGGCUCUUUUCCUUUAAAGAGGUUACUGAUCCCUGAUGUAGUCCAGUCUUUUUUUUUCCCCCCAGAUAAAGAAACUUGAAACUGAGAGAUUAAAUGAUUUUAACUAAUUUGUUCUGGGUUUCUAUUCUUAUAUUGGCAGAGCUGGAACCAGAACCUAAUUCUCAUGAUUUGAAUUCUCAGUGAUCUUUCCACUCAGCCCUGCUGCAUGUUUACCAGUGUAUUCUGGGUUUGAUAUUUUACCUCAAUGUCCUGAAAGCUGCAUUAGCUUUUUUAUAGUUCACUUAGUAUGCACAAGCCGUAGUGGGUUUUAUUUAUUAUUCCAGAAAUAACAAGGAAUAAUGGUGGUUCACUUUUAAUUUCCUUAGCUUUUAACUAAUUAUGAACUUUUUAGUCUUGAAAUUUCUUAUGUGACCUCAAGUUUAGGAGCUCUCUUUUCUUAUUAUGCAGAGUCCAGAAUAUUCAUCUUCUGAACAGAAAAGUACUGUUUGACUAAAAAUAUAAUAUGCUGGUAAUGGCUUUUGCUAUAGAGAAAGAAUGUAUUCUAUUUAUACAUAGUACAUUUUUAAUAUAAUUUUUGUUUUAAAUGUUGCCAAAGUUGAUUUGAUACAAUCUUAUUAAUGAAAAGAUACAUACUUUCAGGGAUACUUAAAUGAGAGGCCAUUAUAAGGAGGACAUCAAAAAAAAAAAAAAGAAAAAGAAAAGGCAGAACAAGUAAUUGGAAAUUUUAUAGAUACUCAACUCAACUGCUAUGGUCUAGAAUUCUACCCUUUCCUGAAUGAGAGCCUCAGUACCUAAGGUUAGAAAUUAGUUUAUAAUAUAUGCUUAACUAUACUUUUCUCCCUAAUUUUUUUUUUUGUAUUUCAGUGGUAAAAUUAUGACUAAGUAUCAGUUACAUGUAUUUGAUAGAGAAAUAGUAUUGCUUACUGUACUCAAGAUUUAUCAUUUAAAAUAACGCUUAAAAUGUUUUCUUCAGAGUUUAUUUUUAUUAGAUGACUGGAAAGAGUGGUGAGUUAGGUGAUGUGGUGAUAAACCAUCCACAGAAAGGGUUAAUUUUCUGUGAAUUUUGAUUUGUAAACAACUAUUUAGUUGUGUAUUUAAUAGCUUGCAUCCUACCUGUAAUUAUUGACAUCAGGACUCAAAUACUUACAUGCUGAAUAGAGCUUCCUGAAGAAGUAAAUAUAGCUUAUUGUAAGAAAUAAAAAUUGAGCUGAUGUAUCUGGAGGUUUUUUUUAGUAUCAUUAAAAGUGUUCUGCCUAUUUCUGAGUCCCCUUUCACACAAAUUAUUUCGUCUGCAUGAUCUCUUAUAGGAUAAUCUUAGCAGAAUCUCUAUUUUAUGUGCAAUAAAACUGAACCUUCAGUUUAAUACUUAGUGCAUUAUCAAAUUGAUUGUAUUUUUAGUUAUUUGAAAUGUUUAUUGUUAAUGUAAAGUUGCCAAGAGGAAAUGUAUUUAUAAUACAACAGACAGAUGAAAUGAGAAUAUAUUUUUAAUUUUCAAAAAUAUUUUAGAUUGGUUAUAAAUUCAUAUCUUUCAUUAUACCUGUAAUUUAAAACAUUCUGCAAUGUUUUAUAAAAGAUAAUCAUGCAUUUGAUUUAACAUGUUGAUUUUAUUGGGGAAAAC